UCCACGACGCUCGACAGCUCUUGUCCUCCCUCUGGACUCUCCUGCCUGUCCCCGCUCCUGGCCGCACUGAUACAUCUCAUCUACCGCAUCGUCGUAUAACGCGACGCCAGCCAUUGAUCCCAUCUCCAAUCAUCGCCUGUCGACAUGUCGCAUCCUCAGCCGAGCCUAGCCCAGAGGCAGUUCUCGCCGCCUCAAGCAUCUUCACCGUCCCCGAGCAAUGCAGCAACAGCCGGCGGCUUUUCCUUACCUCCUUCCAAGCGGCCCAAGGUUACUCCCGCGCUUCCUCAACACUCACAGCCGAACUCACCAUAUGGAAACUCGACACCUUAUGCUGCGAGUCCAACGUCCGGGGCUGCAACGCCGGCAGGAACUACCAGUCUACCAUCACCAGGCCUUCCGGUGAACAUGGCAGCCACCGCUGGUGUGGCUACGCCGGCCCCUCAAGGCCAGUACAACACCUCGCAUCAGUCGAAUGGUCGCUUUACGUCAAUGGCACCGGUGCAGCAGCCCUCGAUGGCGCAAAGCCCCAUUUCUGCACCUUCGCAACUUCCCGUCCAACCGAUACAUCAGUCAUUUCAGUCUCCCCAGCCUUCUCCGUCACCACACCUUACUCCAGCGGCUACUACUAAUCAUAAUCAACCACAAUAUUCCCAGGCUCAGCUUGCGCCAAUGAACACCUCAAAUAUGCAAAUAACUGGCAACAUGGGACCGCCAUCCAUCCACCCAUCCACUUCCUUCCAAGCUGCAAACGAUAUGAGUAAACAGCCUGCGCGAACCGCCCCUUCUAAGGGCCAGGUAUACGAGAUGAAUGAUAUGUUACUUGGCACUGGUAUCGACUUGGAUGAGGAGGCGGAAUAUAUGAACAACUUAGAGACGAGAACUGGGUACUCACACCUGCCUUCUGGUGGGAGGGAUUCUUUCUAUGGAGCUGGUCCUGCUAAUCAGCCGGCGGAGCCCACGGAUGCCAAAUCACAAGAAGAAUACGCGGCCCUACGGGCUGACAAUGUUUGGAACGAGGCGGCUCACAGGUUAGCUUUAACGCGAAGUCAGGAAAUUCGCCAGCAUUUGUUGGAACCUGGCGUGCUCCAUAGGCGAAUGCACGACAUAGCCCAAAAAUUUGGACUCGGUCUCAACGUAGACCUUAGGCCUGAUGGAAAGAGUCAAUAUAUGGGAAAAUUCUCUCAACCUGCUGAGUUUCCGAAACCAGAGUUGAAGAUAGUGUUUCAGCCAGACACGAAGGGCUCAGGUACCAUGGUUAAUACGAUGGGAUCAUUUAUUCCCAAAGAAUCAUUCUUGGUUGAUCAGAUAGCGCUUCUUUCGAUAGGGACGAAGGAGCGACUCCGAGACCUACUCAGUGAUGCGCAUAAAAUCGCCGAAACGCGCCAGAAGAGCUCACAUGGUGCUAUACCUACCGAAUGGGCUGACGCGGCGGGACCUCCGUCAUCGAAAGUGAAUGGUACACUUUCCGAAGUCACACGAACGGGCGCAGAGAGUGCGGUCAGCCCUCGCACCAAUGUACUCAAGCGGCCAUUUGAUGAAACCAAUACGAACGGACUCCCUACACCAGUCUCCGAAGCACCGACGCCAAAUUAUUUCAUUGAAAGUUUGAUCGAGAUCGGAAAGAAGUCGCAGAGCGCUGAAGAAGGCCGUCUGAAGAAACGGCAGAAGAGGCUGGAGAAAUCAGCCGAGAAGGAUAAGGAUGGAGGGGAGGCAGGUUCAAGAAGCGGGUCCGUCGCCCCUGGUACUCCAGGUUCAAUCGCCCCCGAUGGGGGAGAUGCCAAGUCUUCGUCCAAGAAAGAAGGCAAAAAGGCUGCUGCUGCAAAAGCGGCAGAAAGCAGCAGUGGUACAACAGUAAACGCAACCCUCAGCCUGUUCACUGGCGGGAAGAAAAAGAAGUAUUCCUGGAUGAAUUCUGGUGCUGGCAGUGGAGCUAGCACUCCAAGACCUCAAGGUACUUCUGGAGCCUCUUCUGGGACCGGAGGUUCCGCUACAAAAGCUGGACGUGGUCCUCUCACCAGAGCAGGCGUUACAUAUCUCGGGCAGCUCCGUGAGGAUUCAGAAAAGGGCAAAAACAUUCAGCUUCGGGAUUGGAUCAUCGUUCUCGAAGACCGGGGUUUGGACCCGCGAAGCUUACAGCUCGCUUAUGACAAGGUUGACAAAUCGGAUGCUGGAGAUAAAGUUGCCACGGACAAGUCAUAACACUAAAGGCUCCCUUCUUUUAGUCAAGAAACUCAGAUACGAAGAUACCGUAUGACUAUUUCGACAGCUAGCUCUUCAGCUAAUCCCAACCAUGGAACAGCUAUCAACCCUUCAACCCGAGUAUAUUGCCUGCAUAUCUUGCUAAAAUGGAGGUCAGGUUUUUUUUUGGACUUCUCCGUGUUGAUUUUCCUUUGCUUUGUUCGGCGUGGAAGAGCCGACGAAUUAGAGCACAUAUUCGUGCCAAGCGCUCACGGUGGUCUAAAAAAACACAGAACUUUCACAGCGAUGAUCUACAAACUGGCAUUCGAAUGAAGCUAAGUCUACGAGCACUUGACAAAGUCGCUCACCUAGCCUGUGUUACUGCAGCGCUACUUUACUAGUCUUCAUAGAAUUAGAAGAUGUGCAGACACAUGGUCGAAGCCGAAAUAUAAUCAGUAAAAUCGCAAACUUGAAUUUGAGCGUGUAUGCUGUGAGAUAUGUGAGAUAUGCAGGACACUUUAAGCGCAUACGCAAAGAACUCUAUAUCUUGUGAGCAGAAGCCUUUCAAGGUAUUCAAACGUGUAUAAUAUAUUCCAUAAGCCUUAGUCGAAAGAAUGUAUUGAAUUCGUAGAUAAGUCGUGGACUAUAGACACGCUCGCCACGACUCCAUAUCAUCUCCGCCAUCUGGGGCGAAAGCAAGGGGCCACUGU